AUGUCUGUCGUGAUCCAUGAUGUCGAUAACCAGGUUGUCAACGUUGGUUGUGGCAACGACGGUGCUGAUGGUGGAGGUGAUGGUGAUGAUGGCGAUGAUGGCAGUGUUGGUGGAGGUGGUGGCGGCGGCGGCGGCGGCGGCGGCGGUGGUGGUGUAUUUGGUGGUGGUACUGGUUGUGUUCGUGGUGGUGGUGUCGGCGGCGACGGUGGUGGCGGGGGUGGUGGAGGAUGGACAGGAGAAGAUACUGUUGGCGAAAUCGUGCUCAAAUAUGACGAAGGUGCCGUUUGA